UGAGACAAGAGAUCUUACAGAGAAAAUGACAGACUACCGGGAGGAUGGCAUGGACUUGGGGAGCGACGCCUCCAGUCGCUCCAGCUCCGAGUCCAACUCCAACAAGGUGACACCCUGUUCUCCCUCCUUAGACCUGGCAUGCCUGGAGGACUACAAGUCCUCCCCAUCCCUGGAACUGGCAACCUUAGAAGGGGACUACAAAACCUCUCCCUCCCUGGAUCUGGCAACCCUGGAGGAUGAGGAUUAUGAGGAGGAUGAGGACUACCAGGAGUACAAGAAGAAGGUGAUUGAGGAGUGGAAGAGCGAGUACGGGGAGGACUACAGCUCCCAGCAGGCCCCUGGCCAGGAGGAGGGUGGGGUUGUGGUAGGUGCGCCAGGCGGAGGCUUCAGGAAGCCCGUGAACAGCCGCAGCCUGGCCGAGGAGUUCCAGGAUGUGAAGCCUCCACCUCUUCCUGCUCACAGUGGACACACAGCCACCUUCGCUGCUGCCGUGCCUGAGGAACUGAAACAGAAUGGCAACCUGAUCCUGCCCCACUCCCCUACCAGGCCAGUACCCAGGGGCACGGGGGCCACCAAGCCCAGCCACAGGCGCCCCAGCCGGGUCAGAGGCGGCGUUGGAGGAGGGGGUGUUGGUGGAGGAGGAAUAGGAGGACGGAUGGGGGGAUACAGAGAGGAGGAGAUUGUGGAGGAAGAGUCCCUGCCCACCAUGGACUGGGCAGCUCUGGAGAGACACCUGGCGGGGCUGCAGAGCAGAGAGCAGGAGAACCAGAACCUCAAUCACAACCACAGCCUGGGAAAGACCGCCUACACCUCAUUGUGA